UACACAGCAUUUUAACAUAAUAUUCUAACAAACCACCUGAAGAUGCAGGAAUCAAUGCUAUUUGUGACAUUGUUUCAUUGAUGAGUCAGUCUAGGUAAAUCAUUAGAUCUGAUAGCAAAAAUGUACAAAUUAAAUGGGUCCACCCAAUAGAAUGCAGCAUUGUUGUUUGAUAGUAAUUUUCCAUGAGCAUGUGAACAUUCCAACUUGUUUCAACAUUAUUUUAUCAGCCUGCAUAUGCUUUUGUAUAGACUCCCAUAUAAUAAGAUGUAAAGGUGUGAAAAACAUAGAACACUACUUUUUUGGAGACAUCAUAUAACUGUCACGGGUGUCGUAAGAAGUAGACCAAAGUGUGGUGUGGUCUGUUUAUUUAGGUAAAUGUCGCCAACAAAACAAAGACACGACCGUGAAGCUUAACAUAGUCAACUACCCACAAAACAACAGGGAAAGAAGGCUGCCUAAGUAUGAUUCCCAAUCAGAGAAACUAUAGACAGCUGUCCCUGAUUGAGAACCAUACCCGGCCAAAAUAUAGAAGCACAAAAACCUAGAAAAGAAAACAUAGAAUGCCCACCCAAAUCACACCCUGAUCAAACCAAAAUAGAGACAUAAAAGGCUCUCUCAGGUCAGGGUGUGACAAUACCAAUUUGAUCAGGGGCUUGUGGGGAACAAUUUAAUAACAUCAAACCUUUGCCACCUCAAAGUGGACACAUUUGGACUAUUAUGCCAUUUAGCAGAUGCUUUUUUUAUCCAAAGCAGUUUACAGUCGUGCGAGCAUAAUGUUUAUGUAUGGCUGGCCCCAGAAGGAAUCAAACUAUCAACCCAUGGCAUUGUAAACUCCAUGCUUUACCAACUGAACCAUCUGGCCCAUACAGCUCGAAGAUGGCCCUGUUGAGUACGCCAGCAGCAGGUGUUGAGGGAAGGAGAAGGUAGCUAAUCAAUGGGUAUCGUUUCAAUGUUGUAUGAAUGAUCAUUUUCAUUUAUAUAUGAUCUACUAACUGCAAUAAAGAGGGAGCUUCAGAUUCAGCAGCAAUGGCAUAAAGUGGAAGGGUAUUGGACCAUCUGUUCCACAAAAUGAAACCAAAUAAACGAGUAUAGCUAUGUUUGUUUGUAUUUUUGUUGAAAGUUUGACCUUUGACUAUCUCUCACAGGUGGCUGCAAGCAGGCAGGCUUCAGAGCCUGGGUGUAACCCCUCCCCUCUAAUCCACUUCCAAACCCACUAGGCCCUCACUGAGAAGUCUCAGGUCUACAUCACAGCUUUGUGGUAUAAAAAGGCUUCUAGAAACAUCUAUUCAUGUCUGCUAGCUAUAUUACAGCCUGUCAUCUUUUACAGCAGGGAGUAGCCUAUUGGAGUAGAUGUAUAUACAGUAUAUGCUUUGUGUUACUGCAGGACUGUUUGCAUUUACACUGAUGAAUGGCAUAUUGGCAGGCGAGGAGUAAAGAGUGGAGGGCCAUCUUCCCUGAGGGUAUGCCUCCCUCCUAUGUGUUUGUGGCCAAGAGCCCCACCGACCGUGAGAAGUUGGACCUGAUCAGAGUGCUCUCUCAGGACAGGCUGAAACAGUUCGUUGUGACACUCAAUGGGCUGGACAAGUCUGCCACCUUCACCAUCACAACCAGCAGUGUCAUCAAGAAAGAACAGUGUGUCAUAUUCAAUGAUCGAGGCAUUAAGGGGUAGGUGUCAACGGGACACCCGUCGACAACUUCUGGUGAAAUUGGAGGGGGCGAGAUACAAAAACUGAGGCUUUACUGCGAUCCCGAGCAAAUUGAGGAAGAGACGGCGUGUGAUAUAUACUCUGUGGUGAGUGUAAUGAUACUGUAACUACGAUACUCAUCGUUUACUUCCAUAUGUCACUGAAGGUUGAGGUUUAAUGCAGGGAGCCAAAGAUACAAUUAACAUCUUCAUAUCAUUAUCUCUCUCUGUUUAUU